CCGCGCCCCCGCGAACCCCUCGCCGCCGCUCGCGCGCCUCCGGUACUAAGGGCACGCGCGCAAUGGCGCGUCCGCCCGUGCUGCAGCUCCCCGUCGUCCCCCUCUCGCCCACCCUCUCCUUCGCUCGCGAUGGGGUCCGCGGCGUCGACCGACAGGGCCGAGCGGCGGAGGCGGGACCGGGCGCCGGGGCACAGCGGGGCCUCCGAUCCCCCGGCGGCGCCUCCGCAGGAUCCUUCGGCGUCGGCGUCGGCAUCGGAGGUGGAUGUGAGCAGAAAGGGGUGUAAGGUGGCGCCAGAGCCCAAGGAUGGGGAAGAGACGGCGCCGCUGCCGGGCUCUCCCAGCUUCCGGAUCUACUGCCAGAAGGCGGCCCGGGUCGACGCUCUGGUGGCAGAGGAAGCCGAUGAAAACGCGGACGACGACGGGUUUGCCAGUGCCGAGGACACUACUAUGGCGGUCAGGAAGGACGAUCCUCCACACUGCUCCGGCGACGCCCUACUCCUUGCAGACACUACUCUGGCGGUCAGGAAGAACGAUCCUCCACACUGCUCCGGCGACGCCCUACUCCUUGCAGACACUACUCUGGCGGUCAGGAAGAACGAUCCUCCACAAUGCUCCGGCGAGUUGCCCAAAUGUAAGGAUGGGUGGCUGAAGUUCAGAGGCCAGACGGUCGUCGGCGCGCUGCACAGCUUUAUCGUCUGUCACAGCAAGAGAACUUCAGCUCCUCCUCCUCCUCAUCCUCCUGCUGCGAAACCUCCCCACCGUCCCGGUGCUGCUUCACAAUCUGUUGCUGCAGAGCCCUAUCUCUGACCAGGCAGUGCAUGUGUGCUUCACGUUUUAUGUGUCAUCAUGUAAAAUGUGGAUGAUUCAGUCACCUCCUAUGAUGCUUUGCGGCGUUAAUUUUCUGUACUUAAUCCUGGUUGUUGUUUGUGAGCUAACCCUGCAUAUGAGCAACUGGUUUCGAGGAGCGCCAGUAUGUGAGUGCUCCUUUUGUUCAUUAGAGAAGGAUUACUGGUUAGUGUUGCAGAAAAAUGGAUAAGCAUACUAGUUUGGAAACUGUUCAUGCAAGCCUUCUCUUCUGGGAAUUUUUCUCUGUUCUUGAAAUGCUAGAGGGUCGGAAGCAAGCAUUUCCC